CAGAGUGAAAGAGGAGGAGGAUGUUACAGUAAAGGAAGAGAAAGAGGAGGAUGCAGUUUUUGGAGUGAAAGAGGAGGAGGGGGAGAUGACUGUCACAUUGGAGGAAGAAGAGGAGGUUGGAGAUCAGUUUAACACCAGAGAGAGACGGGACAAUCGUGGAUCCUCUGGGGAGCCUCAACAACAUCAUGAUGCUGACGAGGCAGAGAAGAGUCUCUCCAGAUCAGAACUCCUCAAGAAACACCAGCAUAAACCCACAGGGAAGAGAACUCACUGCUGCUCUGACUGUGGGAAAAUAUUCAACUCCUCAAACCUUAAAAUACAUCAAAGAAUUCACACAGGAGAGAAAUCGUAUGGCUGUGAUCAAUGUGGGAAGAGUUUUACUCUGCUUCACACCCUGAAAUCACACCAGAGAUCACACACAGGAGAGAAAUCGUAUAGCUGUGAUCAAUGUGGGAAGAGUUUUACUACAUCUAUCAAUCUAACUAUACACCAGAGAACACACACAGGGGAGAAACCAUAUAGCUGUGAUCAAUGUGGUAAGAGUUUUACUACAUCUAGCUAUCUAACUAUACACCAGAGAACACACACAGGAGAGAAACUUUUCAUCUGUGAUCAAUGUGGGAAGAGAUUUAUUCUGCUACAAACCCUGAAAUCACACCAGAGAAUACAUUCUGGAGAUAAACCUUUUGGCUGUGAUCAAUGUGGGAAGGGUUUUACUACAUCUAGCUGUCUAACUAUACACCAGAGAACACACACUGGAGAGAAACCUUAUAUCUGUGAUAAAUGUGGGAAGAGUUUUACUACAUCUAGCAAUUUAACUAUACACCAGAGAACACACACAGGGGAGAAACCAUAUAGCUGUGAUCAAUGUGGGAAGAGUUUUACGACAUCUAGCUAUCUAACUAUACACCAGAGAACACACACAGGAGAGAAACCUUACGCCUGUGAUCAAUGUGGGAAGAGAUUUAUUCUGCUACAAACCCUGAAAUCACACCAGAGAAUACAUUCUGGAGAAAAACCUUUUGGCUGUAAUCAAUGUGGGAAGAGUUUUUCUCACCCAAGCAGCCUGAUAGUACACCAGCGGGGACACACAGGAGAGAAACCUUUUAGCUGUGAUCAAUGUGGGAAGAGUUUUUCUACAUCUUGCAAUCUAACUAUUCACCUGAGAACACACACAGGAGAUAAAUCUUAUAGCUGUGAUCAAUGUGGGAAGAGAUACUCUGAUAAAAGAUCUCUGAUUAAACAUCGGAAAAUACAUACAUGAAGGAGUUGUUUCAUGAUAUCAAUGAAAUAAUGUCACAAUGCAGAAUGUUUUAACAUUGUAGUAGCAGUAUUUGAAUGAAUGUCAGAAUGUAGAAUGAACCCUAAACGUUUGCCCCCUGUUCAGCGGAAAAAUCAAGGCUCUGAAUUGAAAGAGUACUAUUUAUGUGAUUUAACAUAAAGGGACAAAAUAAAUUCUGUUACACUUACCAUGUUGGUGACCCACUUGAAUCAAAACGCAACACUUCAACAUGUUUAGGUUUUCAAUAUAUCUCGAACUGUUUCUGCAUAUUGGUUAUUGAUUUGGACAUGUUACAACUAUUUUUUUGACAUUGUGCUAUUCCAAUUUAGCAAAAUGUAAUUGAAAAGACGUUGAAAAUAAGACUAUGCCCGACGUCCAAUAUAUGUUCGGUUGUUGUUGAAAGUUGAAAAUAUGUCUUUUUGGGUUGUUUUUUCAAUGACUUGAAAACAACAUACUUUCAGCAUAAACACAUGGACGCAGUAUAAUACAUUGGUCUAUAAUCAAUUUUAUUAGCAAUCCUACAUCACUCCAGUAUUUCUUUACAACAUUCAAAUGCUACUUGUCUUUAUUCCACUACUGAAGAAGCAUGUCUCAAAUCACCUCAUAUUUCAAACAUUCAGCCUGACAAAAUAUACAUGUUUUAUUAUUCCAUGCCUCACCAUUAAGUUAAUUAUUGCCAAUACACAUUAACAAAGGGGUGUACUUUUGGUUUUGAUAUUUCAUAUUUACAAUUCAUGUAAUAAUUAUUUAUGCAAACAACUGACAAUUUUUGGGUACAAUUAUAUUGACAUUGUUAUCCUGCUUUUAGACUAUCCGGGUUCAUUCUCAGAUUCUCAGUGCCAAACCAAAUGUACUAGAGCAUGACAUUGGGGACUGGGCCCUGAUCCAACAACAUGCCUAUCGAGUGAACCCUGAAAAGAGAGAGAAGCUCCGCAGUGAGGUUGAAAGUUACUACAGGUAUUGCAGGAGUUUCAGGCAUGUCUUUGGUAAGGACAACUUGGUUGCUGAUUGUCUCAAGGGUGGGCAGUCAAAAAUAUUUGUGUUUUGCAUUUAGCCAGUGUGUUACCAUUGAUACCAAUUUAUUUUGACAUGUUUUUUCCGUGUUGGAGAUUAGUUGUAUCUCUUUUCUGCACUGUUGGUUAGGGGGCUCGUAAGUAAGCAUUUCACUGUUAGGUUUACACCUGUUGUAUUCGGCGCAUGUGACCACAAUUUUAUUUGAGUUUUGUUUGGGCUCUUCCAAGGGGACGAGAGCUUCUAAAAACUAGUGAGUUUUAGGAAGAAAAGUGUUCUAGAAGCUUGUGGGUUCUAGAAGCUUGUGAAUUUUAGGACUUGAUAGAAAGAAAAUGGGGGGAAAAAUUAUACGAUUGUAUGUUAUUUAGAAAUACUGUUUUUUUUCUUGUUUUUAAUUGUUGACAGCAAGUUGUUUUUUGUUGGUGGUGAGCAAACAUGUCCACCAAAAAUAUAGGAUAUAUUUGUUGUCUUAAAGGGGAAGGUGUUACAGGCUUUGGUUUUUCCAUUUAUAUUUUCAGGUUGGACCUUAGCGCGUUGGAAAGGGGGAUACCUAGUCAGUUGUACAACUGAAUGCAUUCAACUGAAAUGUGUCUACGGUGCACGUCUCGCUUGUUAGCACGUAGGACGCACUGAUUGGUGUCACCUCGUUAGUCGGUAUGUGUUACACCUGUGCUGGCUUGUCCAUCUCGUUAUUGGGAAGGUGUUUCACCUGAGCUGAUCCAGGUUCUAUUUAAGAGUGU